AAAAAAGCGAGAUACGCAAAAAUUUGUGGUCAUCUGUCACAGUUUGGAUACACUAUUUUUGGCGUUAAAUUGCAUUUAUUUUCAGUUCCCAUUCUUUCUAUCACUUUCGGGGCUCAAAAAUUUUCAUCUUGGCUCUUUGAAGUCAGAUUUAGCGAAAUCAACCUAGAAAAUUCUAGCCUGCAAUUGAAUCUUGUAUAUUGUAUACCUAUUCGAUACUUUCAAAAGCAGAGUUCAGGCCAACAAAUUCACAAACAAUACCUAUAUGGGUCACAAAACAAUAAUAAAUAACACUCAGCAUUCCACUCUGACGCGAAAAGUAAAAAAAGGAAUUGAUAAAAGUAAAAGGAAGUGAUAACAAACGAAGUCACCAGUCGAAUUACUUAUCGAAUGGAGUUCGUUAAAUCCAGGUUGAUUGGCCAAAUUAAAGCACAUUUAGCAACCAAAUACCAAAAUACAUAUAAAUAAGCAAGACGCACAAAACGAGAAGCCACCUUUAAAUUAGUUCAGCAAGUGUCCGUCGCAGCUCUCCAGGAAGCCCAGAUUCUCGCGUCGCUUUCAAAACAUUCCGGGCGCGCCAGCCCGCUGACGUGGGUAAAAACUCCUGGGAUUACCCCUCGAUUGGGCGGGCGGCACGAGUCCAGACGGGCGCCAGGCGGGAGGCGGGGGGACGCCGGGCGGGGCGUGGCCUAGUGGCGCACCGUCGCGCCUGAUUGGCGCCGUCCACACGCCCACCGACAGCCGUCCAUCGACAUAGAGCGCGCGAGCUGCAGACCGGCCAGUCAGCGGGUUUUGGCAGUCGCGGCAGCAGAGCGGCCAGACUCCCGGAGACGUCAUUGAACAGCCGCGGAGCGCCCGUCCGUCACAUCAAUCACAAUGAAGGUGAGGAUGAGCCCAGCCGUGGUGCGCUACCUUCUCGGCCUUCUGCUGAUCGUGGUUGGCAUCAACCUCGCGCUACUGCCGACCGGCGUGGCGCACCCGAUGUUGCGCGACCGGCGCUCCUCAUCCUACAGGGACAUCGAGUGUCGCGGUGUGUUCAACAAGUCCGUCUACGCCCGGCUCAACACCAUCUGCCGCGACUGUUUCGAGCUCUAUAAGGAGCCGGAGCUGCACGGGCUCUGCCGCCAGGAUUGUUUCGGAUCACGCUACUUCCGCGGGUGUGUGCAAGCGCUGCUGCUCACCGAACAUGAGGCCGACUACAGUCGGUGGAUUCAGAGCCUCCGGGGCAACUCCUUCGUCUGACCAGGCGCCAUCCAGGUCUGAGUGCUUCACCACGGAGUACUUCAAGGGCUGCCUGCAGGCGCUCGUCAUAGAGGACCAGGCCGAUAAACUGGACGAGCAAAUCCGCCGUCUGAGCGGCCGAAAAUGAGACCGUCCUCGGACGGGCGCAGUGACCUGCUGCGUCCACACCGCCACCUCUGACACCAGACGCUCACAUCAGGGCCAGGAGGACGGCAGCUUCAGGAUGCGAUGCCCGACAGCGACGCCUAGUCAUUGUUCAGAGUUUCUGUGUAUAGGGGCCAGGCAGCCGGGUCUGCGUAAGAUGGCCGCCAGCCGUAGUCACAACACCCGACGUGUCAUAAUAGAACAUCGACUUUGACGUGAUAAAUGUGUCAUAUGUGUACCCGCGAGAGGAUGUAAUUUAUUGGUAUAUAUGUGGUGAAUGGUUACCGAUUAUUUCGCGGAUGGUUUGCGGUCAUGUUAACUUAUUAUAUCAUCUUUAUAUUUAUUUUUUGACUGUGUUUAGAGUUGUAGCGCUGUGUCGUUUUUAGUUUGUUUCUGAUGAGCUGGAAUGCUAGUUGUACUGGCACCUUGUUGAGUGUUGCUGCCGAGUUUUACAUGGCUGUUAGGCGGACAGGCGCCCACCGAUUUGACAAUUGGGAGGGAAAAUGCAAUCCAAGUGCCUCACUUGAGCUGAGAGAGCAGUGUAACGAAAGUGAGGCGAUGCAUAUCACGUGGAGCACUUGUCUACGGGUACUGUACCAAGCAUGAUCUGAGUAUCCGUGUUUCGCGUGAAUAUCAACAAGGUAUUUAUUGGACUGUUUGUGCAUUCCUAUAUAUCAUAACAAUGCCAAACUAAGGAGAUGCUGGAGCGGCAAAGAAUGAGAAAUAUAGCAUGUGGCUUCUGCAACGA